AUGGCGACUCAGGCUAGUGAUGGUGAAGCUCAAGGGCGGCUGGCACCAAAUCCUCGCUCAUCCAAGCGCAGGCGUCUCGAAGGGACCUUCCCUGUGACCCAUCCUUUCUUGCCAGCGCUCGCUGCUGGUCCGGGUCCCACUCAAGUCCCGUCGGUCUCAGAUUCAUCUCAGUCAAAGCCUGCUGAGGGACAAGACUUGCGAUGGGGGGAAUCACGUACAGGGAUAGCAUCUGGGUCUCUUCCUAUGCUUGGUCCUGAAUAUGGCUCGCACGUUAUGGGCCACGCUGCACCUUCAUGCGACCUACCAUUCACGCAACAGCUGGCAGAUCUGCGUCAGAUCUUACCUAUGAAACACCGUCGACCAUUGGCCCCUCCAACCGGGCACUUGAAGUUCAUCCAGGUGGAUCCGCUUAACCCAGAAAGGUCCUCCCUCGAAACGGUCCCUCGUACCCAAGCCCAGAUACAAGCCCAGAAAGAAGACACUGCAGCUCUCAAAGUUUUUGGUGGCUCAUGCUUGUGGUGCAUUCGAUUCAGGAAGAAAUGUGAGCCUUGCAGCUCAUGUAGUCACUGUCUUCUCGGCAAAAUACACGUUUGCAUUCGAGGACCACGGGCUCUAUACAUAUUUGGAGCUAUAAAAUUGCCAUCCGGGGAAGGACGUCUUGUAUUAGACGAGAUGGAACGCCUCGCCAUCUCCGAGGCGACCGAACUUCAAGGGGCUUUGAUGAUUACUCAAAAGGAUACUCUCGAGUCCCGGGCCUGGACUAUCACCGAAUCUCGUUUCGCUUUGAGGAGGAAAGAAAAACUCUUUGAUUCAUUCAUUGACAUGGCUGUCGGCUGUCUUGAUUGUACUGAAUUGGCUAGACUAGAAGCUUCAUACUCGAGGAACUCACUGGUCCAAAAGGCGGUGCUAAUGGCAAGAUUGUUGAUUGUCACCCAGGGCAUAGCGCGUUCGCGAAUCUUUGCACAAGCAGCCGAUGUUGUCUCUGGAAGACUCGUCAUGUUUCUGAUCUUGAUCCGCUGCAUGACACGGCUAGCUGGCAUGUCUUGGGACUUCUGUUUUGAGAUAUAUGGAUUCCUGUGUCACAAACCUAAAUUCGCCUGGAAAAAAGAUAUUGAGAAUGAGCUUUGUCCUAUCUUUGUCGCUUGGGCACUCUAUAAGCGAACCUCGGACAGGGUAUCCGAGCUGCGAAACGACCUCGUCAUUCAAAAAAUUCUUGGUGAUGGCUGUUCGAUCGACGGGAUUUGCGAUGCCAUUCAAUCCGUAUUGGAUUAUACUUACCCCAAGAAUAAGUAUAUGAAGAUCAAAAGAAUCAGGGAUAUUUUGGACAAAAAUAUCCCCAAGCUAUCGUGUCCGUCUUUCGACUUCGUGUUUUCGCAGGAGCCAUCUGAUACUGGGAAGCAGUUCCAUCUUUCUCGCGACUCAUACUACGAGAUGGCUUCAUUCUUGCUUGGUGGCCGUAUUGUCUCUGAUCCAGCAGCUCAUUCGUCCAACGCUACUGGCGCACUGGUGACAAUGAGUGCUUCGAUUGCAGCACCUUUCACCAUGACAGAGGACGGUCUCAUCGAUCCAUGUCCGGUAAACUCGGACUUUGUCAACCCACUCGAUCUGCAUCAGGAUCCCAAUGCAGUCGCUAGCGCCGGUAUUCUCUGCCAUUCAAGCUCUUUAGAGACCUUGACCAGUGAAGACUCAACUGAGACUGUACCUGGUCAGCCACUUACCGGAUCCGCAGACUGCUGUGCUGGCCCGAACCAUUAA